AGUCGCGCUUGUAGAAUUCAUUAUUCAACGGUAAAAAUAAAGAUCCUGUUCUAACAAGCAACCGUUUUACCACAUAAACCAUUUCGUUUUCAACUUAGAACGAAAUGAAUAACUUAGCCAAUACUCACGAAUUCAAAAAGUUAAAACGCAACAUCGCUUCAUCAUUUCUGAAACCGGACUACUCUAAGGCGGAAAAUAAAAAGUCUCUGGCAAACAAAGAAAAUGCGAAGUCCUUCUUGGAUUGCUCCAGGAGAACUGUUCUACAUGACAGAACCACGAAGGGUCAACUACACAAACCACCCAGGGACAGAUCUAAAUGGCAUAACAAUUUGCCAUCUCUCAAUAAACAUGACAUUUCGAUGUCUACACUCGUUGCCUUGGACCAGUGUCAAUCACGUAAAGUCCGAUCCCAGCUAUAUGAUCAAAGGAAUUUACAAUCGUGCUCUGUGAUUCUAGAAAAACUCGAUAUUUCUAAAAUGCUGCCGAAGAUUCAAGAUGCCCGAAAUAUCGAGAGAAGUAACCCUUCACAACUCAACUGUAGCUUUGUUGUAAACAACUUGAACCCAUCUGUAUUGGAUUCAUUUAGUGUUUAUCCGUUGCAGCCAAAGAUCCACUAUAGGCAACAUCCAAUACCUCCGCUCAAUUUAGAAAGGAGCCAAUCAGGGUUUUUGAGACCAGUCAAUCCAACGUUAGAAGAUGUUAAAUUAGCUCUGAUGAAUGAAAAGAAAGAGGAGCUCAUCUCAACUAUAAAUUAUUUCAAAUCGUCUCCAAAUAUCGAUUAUGUCAGGAAAUUGUACUUCUUUGAAAAACUUGAAGCGACUUUAGAUAGAAUCUUGCAAACACAUGUAAUGCAAACUCAAUCAUGUCAACAAAAUGAAUGGCAAAUGGAUCCGAACAAAUUUCAGCGAAUACAAACUUGGAUGGACAAAACACAAAGAGAAACAGAGCAGUCGUACAUAGAACAAUCGAUGCCACCUUCUCCUCCAACUCAGGCUAUUCAUACCAUUCCACAAGAGACGUGUAAUCAAUCUUUCCAGGACAUGGCAACAGAAAAAUCACUGUCGCCUAUACGGCAGCAGGCAGUCGUACAGAAACAGGGCAGCUACUGUCUAGGAGACUGGACCGUUAUUAAAGGAGAUGUGCCAUAUGAUUUAAAAGUCACUGGCACUCUUAUUCAUGCAAUAUUCAGAAACACAAUUGAAGAGAAUCACGUUUCACAUAAUGUAAUAGAGGUUCCUAAUAAAAAUGUAAUCAAAACAAAUGUCUGCACUUACAUGCUCAUUGGUAAAUUCGUUGAUCCGACAAAUUCAAUCCCUCAAAAAAUAAAGAAGUACUUUAUGCAUGGGGGUUUUCCCGAGAAUUGGAAAUCUGUAGCAAGAAAUUGGCAUUCUCUGAGUAGAAACAAUAAACAAAACGAAAUGCUUAAACAAAAUCAACUGCCCGCACAAUGCCCAAAUCUCAGUAACACAAGAUCCAAGUUUCAUAAAAAACAAAGUGAAAAUUGCAACAUCCUCAAUACUCCUAGAAACUCAGGAAUUAGGAAUAGCCUUAAUAGUUCAAUAGUAACAAGAUCGAUAUCGAGGAGGGAAAAGAUGAGAAGGUUGGGGCUGUUUGGGAAACUGGCAGAUUGACAGUUUCAACAUUAUGCUAUUGCUUGAGCUUAUACUAUGCUACUGUUAAAUAAUUAUUUAGAAGGAUAUUUUUGACACAGAGUCAAAUUAUAAUUUAACUCUGAGUCAAAAAUAUCCUUCUAUUUUAAAGUAGAAAUGAUUCGUAUGAUUUAAUGAAUUUUUUAAAAUACAUUUUUGACAACUAUUUUUAUAGUAUAUUGUUCAAUUUGUAAAUCAAAUGUUUUAAUAUUAAUGUCUUAAGAAAUUUGUUAA